UUAAGAGCGCACACCGCCGUCCAAUCCGCGGAUUCUCGCCCUCCUUGACAACAACGGGCUGAUUGGCGAGAACGCCACGAACCGCAGGAGAACGCUUAGUCAAUUUCGCGAUGGCGCCUUAAUAGGCAUGGGCUCUUACGCCCUCAACAUAAGAACAUACGUUCGUGCAUGUGUUCGUAUUUUGUUUCACCACAAGGUUUUCGAGAGACUCCAGCUUACCAUUCCUCCCAUGCUUAAACGAAAAAAAACCUGUCCUCAGAAACAAAAUCCUUAACUGAGCAUGCUUUCGAGGGUCAUUUUGCGCACAAGUAAGAUGAGAAUAUUGCACAACUUUCUGGUUGUCGCCUUGUGUAGCAAGGUCUCUUUGGCAAAUGGAUCAGUGCCUGUGGAAGAAUCGAGUUGGUUCGUAUCAGAACAGCGCGGCGUGUACGAGGCGGUACAGCACCAGGUCCUCGCCUCAUCGGUUGCGGAGUCCAGGUUGCGUUGUGCAAAGGAAUGUUUGAUGGAUGAACGCUGCAGGCAGUUCUGCUACGGGCAAACUACAGGGCAGUGUGUGCUGGAGGAUGCCUCGAUAUUGUCUGGAAGCGGGGCCAGGGCUAACAGUUGCACUUACUACACCAGACAAGUGUGCAACAGCACCUACCAGCUUGGUCGUUUUGGUUACGAAUUCCCGUUUCCUGCCUUUGAUGAUGAGUUUGUGUUAGAUUUCUCCGUGCGGGCAUCAGGAAACGCAAAGAUUGCUUUCUCCACUGACGGCAUGAAAGAAAACAUCAAUUACCAUUUGGUAAUUGGGCAGAGUUCCAACACCAAGACCUCCAUUCGGAGAUGUCAGCGCUGCCCUUUGCUCUAUCAAGUACCGGUAAGUGGCUUGUUAAGCGAGCAUGAGUAUCAACGAUUCUGGCUGCGAUACGACCACGGUGUCUUCGCCCUUGGUAAGCACGGGAAGGCAGCAUACUUCGAGUGGAGCGACCCCAGCCCGCCGGCUAUACCCGUCUGGUUCGUCGGCUUCGGCAGCUGGGACCGUCCUCAAGAGUGGGUGGUUUAUCAUCGUUGCAUAUGAUGCUCUUAGUCUGAUGCGGCAAGUGGGGGGGGGCGUUUUCAGUCAUGUACAUGGCAGCAGCCCUCUUUCAAUUUGAGGAAGAUAUGAGAACUACAGAAUAUAAAAAAGGGGGCCCUUAGCAUUCACUCGUUGAAUUGGCAAUAGUGAUUUCAGUAUUUGAACAUUCAUUUGACAAAUAAGUUCAUUCAAAUAGUGUUAAUAGGUUCAUUCCAUCCGCAGAGGAGAAUUCUAUAAUAAUCAAUUUCCUUGUAUCUUUAACUCCCUCAUUCAGUACAGUACAUUGAUAUGUCAUUUUAGUAAUAAAUAAUUUUGGAAUUUUUAUUUCAAAACCAAGUAUAUUUGAAUCAGUUUUCAUAUGCAACUUUUAAACUCAAUUGUUAAAACAUGGCUAAUAAAAGCAUACACCAACUUGUAUAUUGUAUAAUAACUUGCCUGCCCCUGCAUCAGCUUAUGUCUUGGCCAGCUAAACUUUUAUUAAUAGCUUUUUGGGCAACAGCCAUCACACUCCGCAUCACAACUCAAGAAAAAUGAAGGAUCCUUUGCACGCAAGCGAUUUUGCCUUGCCCAAAACUUGCAUCCACAGCCACCAAGGUCUGGUGCCACCACUGCGGCCAUACAACUGUGACGUAAUAAGAGACCCCUCAGUGUCACCAGAAUUAUUGUUUGUUUGUGUGGUUUUCGUUUUAACUUACAUGUGCUUCUUUAUAUCAAGUUUUAGAAUUAGAUAGAGUGGAGAUAAUUAUUUUAGACUCUUUAUGCGUGUGUGUUUAAUUGAAAUAAGCAAUAACUUUAUAGUUCCUUAAAAAAGGUAUCUAGUGUGAACAUGCCCCUCCCUCGGUCAAAUUAUUCGGCCUCAACUGUACACCAUUUUUUCCGGCAAAUUUGUGCACGAGGAAUAUGAAAAUUACCACACAAUGCAUAACAUAUCAUUAGUUUUGACUAAUUAAUUUGUCUGUAGGAUUUUGCAAGAACAUCAAUUGUUGAAUAUUUCAUGUGUUUUUCAUGGAAACGACAAGGGACAUAAUGAAACGAUGGCGCAGACAAAAAGGGCAUAGCGCGUCCGAGGUUUUAAACUGACAGACAACAUUUCAUACAAACAAGCCUUGUCAAUGUCAAUUUAAAUAUGUAGUGCCGUGGCUUUCCUUAUUAUGUGAAUAAAGACUGUGAAAUUUGUCUUACACGGUGA